GUGUAUGUGAGAGGACAAGUCUCAGACUGAGACAGACUUGAGCUCUGCAGGAACUGCGUCCUUGCACUGAAAAAAAAAUUGACCUCAUCUGACUUUUUUUUCCUUAUUCUACAACGGAAGACUGAUGAUGAGUCAGAAGUUUAUCAGCUUUUUUUGCCCCAGAAGCUUCUCUCAUCCUGACCAGUGGCAUUAGGAUGAAAAGGUGAAAGUUGGAUUUUGUACGUCAGUGGUUCUGACAUGCGCUAACCCGAAGCACUGAUGGAGAGAUGUGAAGGAUAUCCAGUUGGUCAAGUUUGAAAAACAGAAAACGGACUUCAGCUGAAAGGAUGCGUGUAGUGUGGAUAUUUCUCCUGUUCAUUGAGGAGGGACUUGCUCUGGCACAAAAGAUUAAAGAUGAAGGUACAGGAUCAAAAGGGGUUAGACCCUCUCAACGGCCGCAGCAAUCUCAUCACUGUGGAAACUGGGUACGAAACACAGAUGGUGGCACUUUCAGCUCCCCAAACUACCCGAAAACAUACCCUCCCAACGAGGAGUGCCUGUACGUACUGGAAGCCCUGCCCCGCCAGAGGAUAGAGCUGCUGUUUGAUCGGACCUUCUACAUCGAAGCAUCAUUUGAGUGUCGUUUCGACCACAUAGAGGUGAGGGAUGGUCCCUUCAGCUUCUCACCGCUCAUCAAUCGAUUCUGUGGCGCUGCCAGCCCCGGACUUGUGCACUCCAGCGGACGCUUCAUGUGGAUCCGCUUCUUCAGCGAUGAAGAGCUGGAGGGGAUUGGCUUCCAAGUCCAGUACAGCUUUACUGAUGAUCCUGACUCUCAUCUGCAUGUGGGAGGACUCCUAAACCCAAUCCCAGAUUGUCAGUUUGAGCUCUCUGGGCCUGACGGCCUGAUCCGUUCCAGUCAGGUAGAGGAGGAAUAUAAAGUGAAGGCAGACCAGGCAGUGGACUGUAUCUGGACUAUACGAGCCCCAACAAAAAACAGGAUUUACCUGCGAUUCUUGGAUUACCAGAUGGAAAACUCAAAUGAUUGCAAGAAGAACUUUGUGGCUGUUUAUGAUGGCAGUAAUGCUAUUGAGGACCUAAAGGCUAAGUUUUGUAGUACAGUAGCUAAUGACAUCAUGCUGGACAACGGUGUGGCAGUAGUGAGGAUGUGGGCUGAUGAGACAAGCCGUCUCAGCCGCUUCAGGAUGCUGUUCACAUCUUUUGCAGACCCACCCUGUGCAAGCACUGCAUUCUUCUGCCACAGUAACAUGUGCAUCAACACCACUCUGGUGUGCAACGGCAUUCAAAACUGUGUCUUUCCCUGGGAUGAAAGCAACUGCAAAGAGAAAAAGAGCAAAGGUAUUUUUCACCAGAUCACAAAGACUCAUGGGACAAUAAUCUGUGUGUCUACGGGAGUGGUGCUACUGCUCCUCAUCGUCUCCAUCCUGGUACAAGUCAAACAGCCACGAAAAAAGGUGUUGGUACGUAAGAAUAACCUGUUCCAACGGGGCGACUUCCAGGAGGUGUUUGACCCUCCGCAUUAUGAACUCUUUACUCUCAGAGACAAGGACAUGUCCGGGGACCUUGGGGAGUUAUCAGAGGAACUUCAGUCUCUGCAGGCGCUCAGGAGAUCCUCAUCAGGCUCACGCUGCAUUCAUGAACACCACUGUGGCUCCCAGGCUUCUAUCAACUCCCUCAAAGGCAAUCAAGGUGCACAUGGCAUAGGUAGAGGAUCGAUGGAGCUCCCCUCUUUCAGAGGGGACAUCCAAAGCGCCUUACCUCCCUUAAGGGACUUGAACAGCAGUAUGCGGAAGAAGAGCUGGCCUAGUAUGAAACCAGGUCGAAUCCAAGGCCACCAUGAUAUGGGGGAUAGGGUGCUGGGGCGGCAGGAUAGAGUGAUGGAAGAGGACGAAGAUGAGGAGGAAGAUGGAAGGUAUGAUGUAUAUGUACGCAGAUCAGGAACCCGGAGAGGGAACUAUGAAAUGGCCCAGCAAAGAUCCUUGUCCAUGGACUUCUGAAAAGAAAAAAGACAUGGAUGCAUACUGCAGCAACAACAUUACAGUCAGCAAUUUGGGGGCAAAUUUACACAAGAGGGGAGACAUUUAACACCACGGAGUGGAUGUUUCUCAUAUACCUUCUUUAUAAUAAUCAUGAUUAUAAAGAAGUGAUCCAUGUCUGUUACAGAGCAGUUCUCCAGGAGGUUUUUUAAGUAAGUAAAGACAAUAAAGCACGGCCAACUAUGUGGGGCCAAGUCAUUGUUGCAAGUCUUUUCUGAUAUUGUCAAGUCAUCAAGAUUGUGACUUGAGUCUGACUUCAGUUCUCAUCUCUGGCGCUCAGACACUGAAACAGCUAACAGGGGGCUGCUAUCGUAUCAGUGAUCAGUUUAAAAGUAAAGACACAUGAUAACGCUGUGUAUUGUUCCUGCUAACAAUGUAUUUUGUUUAAUACAUUUAAUUGUAAAGCAGUUUUUAUUUACAUGUUUUCAAUCAGUGUUUUGGUUCUGAAAGAAUGAGGAAGCAUUAUUACAUUUAAAAAGAACAAUAUAAAAAUCACCUUGAAGUUUUUGUUUGUUAUUACC